AAAAAAAUAAAAAUAAUAAUUUCAACUAGAUUAUCAAUUUUUUGUUCGGUUUUCAUCAGUUUUUGAACGACUGAAAGAUCAGUAAAAAAAACUUUUGCUUGUCCUGCGCAAUCGUAAUCGAUCAAAAGACACACACUUAAAGGAAAAAUAUUUUGAUAUAAUUUUUUUUUGCAAUUAAAAAUUUGGAAAAAUUUAACGGAAAUGUAAGCUAUUCGCCCCCGCCAACCGAGCAGCGCUUCCUAUAAAUUAAGAACAAUUUUCUCCGCCGCAAACGCACAAAAAAAAGAAAACACAAAACUUAACAGCAACAAAGAUUACAUAACAUUUUGACUACAAGUACAAAAUUACACAUUAAAAAGUACCAUAAAUAACUCUUAUAAAAAGACAAACGAUCAACAGCCGUUUAACACUAAAAAACAAACCAUAAAUCCCAAAAGCCAAAUCAAGACGGAAGUGUAAAUUUUUUUUUGCGCAAAGCGGCGCAUCCUGUUUGAGCACACACACCGAGGCAGAGGCAGAAACAGAAACGCAAUUGGCUGGCGCUCUCGCAUACGUAUAAGAGCUGUGCAAACGCAAACAUUUGAGCCGUCUAAUUGAUUAGCAAGCUCCCCACCUCUGUCUCUCUAUUCAUCUCUCUGACUCUGACUCUGACUCUGACGGCGAGCCCAACCAAAUCUAAGCGCAAGCCACAUCGCAGUACUCAGAGUACACAAAGCCAGCCAAGAUGACUGGUUUCACCAACGCCGGCUUCGAGAACGAUGAGCCCGUCAAGCCAAAAGCUGGUUUCGAGCCAGACACCGCCUCGCUGCGAGAGAAAGUUGUGCUGAAUCCGGCCGAGAAAUGGCGCAUUUUAAAGAAUAUCUCAAUCAUCUCGAUCGCCUUCAUGGUGCAGUUCACUGCGUUUCAGGGCACGGCCAAUCUGCAAUCCUCGAUCAACUCCAAGGAUGGACUUGGCACAGUGUCGCUCAGUGCCAUCUAUGCGGCGCUGGUUGUCUCUUGCAUCUUCCUGCCCACGCUGAUCAUUCGGAAGCUGACGGUUAAAUGGACGCUCGUUUGCAGCAUGCUCUGCUAUGCGCCGUACAUUGCCUUCCAGCUGUUCCCGCGCUUCUACACCCUCGUGCCGGCUGGCAUUCUGGUGGGUAUGGGGGCGGCGCCGAUGUGGGCGUCCAAGGCCACAUAUCUGACACAGGUUGGGCAGGUGUAUGCUAAGAUAACUGAACAAGCUGUCGAUGCCAUUAUUGUGCGCUUCUUUGGCUUCUUCUUCCUCGCCUGGCAAUCCGCCGAGCUCUGGGGCAAUCUCAUCUCCAGCUUGGUUCUGUCGAGCGGCGCACAUGGUGGCGGCAGCAGUGCCAAUUCCACAAUCAGUGAGGAGGAUUUGCAGUAUUGCGGUGCCAACUUCUGCACCACCGGCAACGGCGGCCAUGGUAACCUGGAGCGGCCGCCAGAGAACGAGAUCUUCGAGAUCUCCAUGAUCUACCUGUCGUGCAUUGUGGCCGCCGUUUGCAUCAUCGCCUUCUUCCUGGACCCCCUCAAGCGCUACGGUGAGAAGCGCAAGGGCUCCAACUCGGCCGCGGAGCUGUCCGGCCUCCAGCUGUUGUCGGCCACGUUCCGCCAGAUGAAGAAACCAAAUCUUCAACUGCUCAUACCGAUCACCAUCUUCAUUGGCAUGGAGCAGGCCUUCAUUGGCGCCGACUUCACCCAGGCCUAUGUCGCCUGCGCUUUGGGCGUGCAUCAGAUUGGCUUCGUCAUGAUCUGCUUUGGCGUCGUCAACGCUCUCUGCUCCAUACUCUUUGGCUCCGUGAUGAAGUAUAUCGGUCGCCUGCCCAUCAUUGUGCUGGGCGCCGUCGUUCACUUCACGCUCAUCUCCGUCGAGCUCUUCUGGCGGCCCAAUCCCGAGAAUCCGCUCAUCUUCUACGCCAUGUCCGGCCUGUGGGGUGUCGGCGAUGCCGUCUGGCAGACGCAGAUCAACGGUCUCUACGGCCUGCUCUUCAGGCGAAACAAGGAGGCUGCCUUCUCGAACUAUCGCCUCUGGGAGUCGGCCGGCUUCGUCAUCGCCUAUGCCUAUGCCACAACGCUCUGCACCCGCAUGAAGCUCUACAUUCUGCUGGCUGUCCUGACGCUCGGCUGCAUUGGCUAUGUCAUUGUGGAGAUUCUGUACAGAAAGAAGCAACGCAAGAUCAAGAAGCAGGAGAAGAUCGAGGCGGCCGAGAAGGAGAAGGAGGCUGCGGCUGCUGCGGCAGCUGCUGCAGCUGCCGCCGAGGCAAAUGUUGGCUUCGGCGACGCCGUCGAGGAGACCGAUGAUGAGCUGGACGAUCUCGAGGAAGACAUUGUAGUCACGCGCCUGUAAUAAUCGUCAUUUGUUAAUUGUUGUACGUUCUUUUUGUUUAUUUUCGCCGACGACGACGUCGUUGCGGCUGCAACAGCUCCAACUGUUAACGCUUAACAGUGCGCAAUUCUGUUAAUCAAACACGAGUGCAAAAAUGUUAAACAUAGAUUCAAAUACACAGACACCGACCAACACCAACACCAACACCGGCACACACAAACACACACACAUACACAAACACUGUUGCAUAACUGCAGGCGCACACAUUUCGUCGGCCCAUCGACGACGCGUCCGAGCACUUUGUCGUUGAAGUUGUCGUAGUACUUAGUACAUUCCCCUUCCCAAUCCAUUCAAUACAAAAGGCCAACAAACUGGCAGAAGCGCACACACACACACACCAGUGCCUCUAUAUAAAUACAUAAAUGUUUGUGUGUGCGUGGGCGUGUGCGUGUGCGUGUCUCCUGCACAAGUUUAGUUUGUACAUAUUCAAAAAAUGAGAGCCGCCUGCAAGCUUAUAGCAAUUGACGACAGAGGGCGUCUUUAACAUUACAUAGUGUGAAUAUCAGGCAACGGUGUGUUAGUUUAAUGUAAGAAAGAGAGAGAGAGAGAGAGAAAGAGUCCGCACAAACACACACACACGCACACACAUGCACAAGCACCACGCACACUGACAACAUGCUGCAACAGUAUGUGUGUCAAUAUGCCUAUUAAAUUGUUAUUUUAUUUUAAAUACUAGCAUUAAAUCAAUAUAUAUAUACAAAUUUUUUUAAAUAUUUUUUUUGCUUAUAUACAAAACUACAAGAAAACAAUCAAACAAACAACAAAACGUGAUAAUCAGCCACACUCACAACGCACACAAGCACACGCACACGCACAAACACAGACACACACAUAGACACGAGUGCACACAGUCACAAAAUAGUCAAAUUUCUAAACUAAACUAAAAACUGGCCGCGAAAACUAAUGUUAAACAUAAUUAUUACUUAUAAGCAGUCGAAAAAGAAAAAAAACAACA